AUGCCCGAAGUAGAGCCAUCUACGUUAGAUAAACUCAAAGUGUUGCAAGUUUUGUUAACAUUUCCAUUGGUGGCCACCACAAGUUUGAUCGCUGCACCAUUCCGUCGCUAUGUCAAAGAAAAACCUCUAAAGAGAGUUGUCGUAGAUCGAUUUUUGUUGUGGAUUCUCUCGCAGUUGACCCCAAAGCAACUUCGGGGAAUGCUUGGUUCUACCCAGGACAUGUAUAAUACCUUCAUCAAGGAAAGAAACUUGGCCAGUGUUGUCGAGGAGCUCGGAAAUGGCUCGAGACUAUUAUGGGUAGGGCCCAAGUUCACAGAAAGAGUGAUGAUCUACUUCCACGGUGGAGGGUUCGUCGUCAGCGAGCCGCCAGGCGCGACAGAGUUCUGGUCAAUGGUACAAAGUAAUUUGGCAGAGAAUGGGAAGCCUAUUGGAUUGGCAAUACUGAACUUCACCCUCGUCCCGGAUGCCCCCUUCCCUACGCAGCUCAAACAAGCAAUUGCAGCCAUCCAACACCUGCUCGAUUCCGGUGUCAAGCCAGAGAACCUUCAGCUAGUGGGGGAUUCUGCGGGAGGAGCUCUGAUUCAUGGCAUACUGUCUCACAUACUUCACCCACUCGAGGAAACAACCAAGCUAGAAUUAUCUAGCCCAUUUGGUGGGGCGCUUUUGAUCUCUCCUUGGACAAAGAUGGUCAAUGAGGAGAACGUUCUUUUCGCCAAUGAUGGAUAUGGUGACUUCCUGGACGCGCGUACCAUCAUUCGAUGGGGUUCCAUGGUCGUUCAUGGCGUUCCUGAAUCAAUCAUCCCUUAUCUUGAGGGAAACAAUACUCCUGAAAAUUGGCUUGAAGGCGUCGAUAAAAUUGUCAAGCGAAUCAUGAUAACCGGUGGGGCAGCAGAGACCUUACGAUUCGAGAUAGAAAAAUAUUCUGCCAUCGUCGCAAAGCAGCAUAAAGAGGUGACACUAGUCAUCCAAGCAAACGGCAUCCACGAUGAUCCAUUUCUGGACCGAUUCGCAGGGAUGAAGGAAUUAGGGAGUUUGACACCUUUGAUAUUAGACUGGAUGGACAAAGGAGUGGCGAAGACAGCGUAG